UAAUGGACAAAUACUGAGAAUUUUCAUAAGCUUUUAUGUAAAAAAUAAUUUUACUUUAAGAAAGUAAAAAAAAGACGCAUUCAAGAUUUAUUUUUCUGCAGACGUCAGGAAACUGAAAUCGUGGGUUGUUUAAGAAGGCAUAAAAACAUUUUGCUUUCUGUGUGUGUCUUUUCUGUUUGUUUAUUUGUACAGCACUACUUAAGUCUAUAAAAGUAAAGUAAUUUACGAGCUACUUUAAAAAACGUAGAAACUCUUCUCAGAAAAAAAGUGUUUUAAUCGAGUCUAUAAUUUUAAGUAAAACGGAACUACAAGUUAACAACGGUUUGGAAUGGCAAUUGCAGGCAAAUGUGUAUUAAUAAAUUUAUUCUGCACCAUUUCUGCCAUGACAUAUCUGCCAUUUUCGAUAAAUGGACCUACAUCAUACGAUGAGAAGAUAGUCAUUGUUGGAGCUGGCGCCUCUGGAUUACACAUGGCGUUAUCGUUAAAGGAGAGAGGAUUCAAAAAUGUUGUUAUACUUGAAAAAACAAAAUGGCUUGGUGGUAAAUCUUGGACAGUCCAGCAUAGAGGGGUUGGACAUGAAAUGGGCGCGGUUUAUUUAUCUCCAGACUAUGAAGAUAAUGUAAUUCCUUUAGUUAGGAAAUACACUCCAGGCGACUUAGUAAAAUUGCCAAUAUCUGGGAUCUGGCUGGAUAAUAUGUCGAGGCAAAUACCUUAUGAUCAAUACGUAAUAUUGUAUGCUAUGAAGUAUUUUAAAACAACAAAUGUCACCCUCGCUAAGAUGGGAUUGGUGAAGGCUAUCAUCAAAUAUAUGAAACUUCACGAAACUAUAUUUGGAAAUUAUACAGGAGACUUAAUGCCGGAACCGACACCAUGUGUACUGCACCAAACACGUGGAACGUUUCUAGAUUUUUUGAAAAGACACAACCUUGAAGUAAUGAGUCCAAUUUUAUACGGGGCUAGUUCAGUUCAAGGCUAUGGGCGAAUUAAUGAAAUUGCUUGUCUUUAUGGAAUGAUGUGGAACACGCCAAACUUUAUGAGGUCCUUACUCAGUCGAAUUAGUGGACAAGUUACUAAUAGGACAGGACUCUAUAUGUUGAGGAACGGAUUUGGGAAUCUUUGGAAAACCAUAGUUAGAGAAGAAAAAUUAAAAAUUAUCUUCAAUGUGGACAUAUUUAAAGUUUAUCGCACAAAACAUAAUAACUACAAAGAUGUGUGGAUCAAAUUAAGGGUCGGCAGAAACUCACCUUCUUGGGAAAGAUACGAUUUUUUAAUUUGGAGUCCAGAAAUGAAAACCAGCAUGAAAUAUUGGAGUAACAAAGAAAUAUAUGAUGAACAAUUCUACUUCUCACGAACAAAACCCACAUACUUUACAACCGCUUUAGUUGACACAGAGGGAACUCAAAGGGGACUGUCUGCUGUAGAUUACUGGUUUGAUAACAUUAUCAACAGUACGCGGGAUAGUAGUUUAUGGGCACUAAGAGAUACUUAUGCUGCGCUUCAUGGUUUUGAAGGUGAAAACUACACGAAGGGUUUAUUUCCAUCUGGCAACGAUGGCAAACCAAUACGUUCCACGGUCACAUAUCAAAUGAGUAGCCGGGAACCGUAUUUUUACGAACUACAAAACAUUUUAAGGAACUCUUUAAAGAAAAUCGGAGCAAACAGGGUAGAUAUUUUGUAUAUGAAAGUAUGGAGAUACUUUCCACGCUUUUCUCCUGCUGACAUGGAGAAAGGUUAUUUGUGGAAGGUGUUGGAAAUGCAAGGAAAGUAUGGCAUAUGGUAUAUUGGUUCCUCUGUCUCAUUUGAAAGUGUCAAAUCAGUUAUUGAGUAUAAUAAGUUGUUAUUGAAGAACAUGAAAAUACCAAUAAAAAAGUAAGAAAAUGCUUUUCAAGUAUAUAAUAUUGUUAUAAGAAAAACUAUAAAAGCUAUAAACUGUUGCACAGGAGUUUCCCAAGUUGGACGAAAACAUGGUUGGGCUUACUGAGCAAUCUCUUUUGAAAUUAUAGCCAUCUAUAUUAAUCUAUUAACUUAUUUUAGUUAAAUAAUAAUGUAUGCAUUGUUAAAGACGAAUAUAUAGAUAUACAUUUA